CCGACUGGAACACCGAUCCAACAUCACCAUCCACCAUUCAGCCUGACAAGGACAACAACUCCCGCCCUCCCAAAACAAACACCGGGACAGGACUGUAUUUUUCAUUUAUAAAAUAAUUCGCAUCGAGAGCGGCAAGAUGCUGGCCUGCGCCGAGAUGAUCACCAUGUGUCUCCAGUCUGCAAAGCACCAACACAUGAGGAAGCAGCAGGAGAUUUGCCACAACCAAAAUCAAGGCAUCUCCCUUUUUCAUGAUAUUUUCCGCCGGGCAGACAAAAAUGAUGACGGGAAGCUGUCCUUGGCGGAGUUCCAGUCGCACUUCACUGACGGUAUCCUCACUGACGACCAGAUGCAGGAGCUGUACGGCUCCAUCGACAGGCGGCAGACAGACAACCUGGACAUAGACAAACUCUCAGAGUACUUCACUCCACAUCUGGGGGAAUACGUCAACGUCCUGUCUGCUCUGGAUAAGCUGAAUGUGGCCAUUUUGAAGGCCAUGGAUAAAACUAAAGAGGAGUAUCAGGGUUUAUCAGUGCUGGGUCAGUUUGUGACUCGCUUCCUGCUGAGGGAGACCUCCGCCCAGCUGCAGUCCCUUCAGUCAUCAAUGGACUGUGCUAUGGAGGCGGUGCAUGACCAGGGAAGUACUGAGAGGAGGAUACUGAAGAAACCUGAGGACCUGCCGAUGCAGAGGAUGGCCAAACGCCCCGGCCGACGCAUCCAGAAGAACAUGUGUCUCUCCCCGACUGACCCUUACUCUGGCAUGCUCACCACAGGGGUCAGCGUGGAGCCAGACAACCACUGGGGCUCCCAGAUCAACCAAUUGGAGCAGCUCAUUGACAAACUGGAUUUUGAGAGUCCACAUCUUGAACCUCUCAAAGAGGACACAUUGGCUGGGACGUAUAACUCGAACAUACUUCUGGUCCAAAGACAAAUGUCUUUGAAGGAGAAGGAUGUGGAUCAGUUUCGACAAGCUCUUAAAAUCUACACAGACACCACCAGCAGCCAGCUAAACAACCUGCACGUUUCAGUCCAGAACCUGCCAGACAGAUCAUGCUUCAUCAUGUAUGAAUUUUGGCAGGACCGUCUCUCCUGGAUGAGCUACCUGCAGUCGUCCAUCAGUAAGACCUUCCAGCGCUGCGUUAUCAACUCACUGGAAGACCCAGAGAUGGUCUCCACCAUGCUCCUCCCAGCCUCUUGGUGGAUUAUGAACAACAACUGACGGGACAAAGCUGCUGCUGUCUAACACAAUAAAAGCAGAAAGAAAAGAGCUGAUUGUGUAAUUGUUUUAUAUUUUUGUUCUUUGAUAUUCACUUUUUUCUCACGGCAUGACCAGGAUUGUUUUGCAAAGCUUUGCUCUGAGGUUAUAAAAAAGAAUAUUGUGAAGAUAAAUUAUUCAGGAGUGAAACACAAUUAAAACCUUGGAGAGAAAGAUUUAAGGGAAUGCAAUAUGUUAUUGUGUGAUGAAGAUUUGUGCCAACAUUCAUUUAACAGGCACAUUUCUUGCUUUUUAUUUAAUAGAAACAUAAGAAAUCAAGAUUUUUUUUGUGUGCAUGUUUUCUUAUUUCUCCCUGUUAGUUUAUUUCAAUCAAGACAUAUCUUAAAAUAGAUAUAAUGUCAUUGAUGCCACUUCAAUAGAAACAUGACAGCUGAUCUGCCCAUCGAUCACUAGCCAUCACAUAUGUUCUUCAGUGCAGACUAAAUCAGAUAUCGUGGUGGGGUCAACCUGCAUGUCCCCUUGUUCUCUCUGUGGUACUAUGCUUUGAAAGCGUGCUUUAGCUGAUGGGUUAGACAGCAAGAACGAUUAUGGUCCACAUCUAAACUAUAAUUGUUAUUGUGUCACUCCUGCACUUUAGAAAAAUAUGAGACGUGGACCUAAUUGUGACAUUUUAUUGUUGAUAGUCAGUUGAAAAGGUAGAAUUAAACUACUGUUAAGAGGUGCAAUGAAGUGUAGUGAGACGUUAGCAGACAAUAACAAUUGAAUAAGUUAGUCUGCAUUUUGCCUGUAUUGUUACUCUAGAAAUAAAUCUCAAAAGCCAUUGUUUUACAUUUUGCAGUGUGUAGUCAGGAUACAAUACACACACACAUAGAAGUUUAUAUUUUAAGUACAGACAUUAAGCAGUUGAGUGUUUUAACAUUAUACAUAAUCUAUUUAGAUUGUGAACUGUAGGUAAUGAAAGCUGUUGUAAGUUAUUGUUGUAGAACAUUGGUAAAUGUACAGUAUGAUAGUACAUUGAGCCGUGGUUGCUCUGAUAAUUUGAGGAAAGACUGUGUUUGCUUUACAAAAGAAAAAUGUUUCUCAUUUAUUUUAUGAAGAAUAUACAGUUGUUAAGUGGAUGUUUUCUUUGUUUUCUGGCAUGGAAUAAAGUUCACGACUUGUUGAUGACAUUAAAUGAUUGUGCUCUUG